UUUAUCCGCGCAGAAGUGGAGGCCGGAGGGUCCAAGGUCGAAUGUAGUCGGUCCUACACAAAGUUCAGUCAAGCCUUCGCAGCAGCCUCGCGUAGAAAAGACGGCGCCUGGCCGCUUCGCCCUCAGGACACGUGAAGCGCACGUGUCACAGCCGCCGGGCGGUCGAAGCGCACAUGACUGAUAGAUACCAUAAGAACCAGCCAGAAGAACAAAGAAAACCCAAAAGAAUCGCGAGAGAGAGAGAGAGGGAGCGCAGAAGAUGAAGAUCGUCCACAUCCCUUGCUUAGAAGACAACUACGCCUACUUGAUCGUGGAUGAGAGCACGAGGGAAGCAGCGGUGGUGGACCCCGUGGAGCCGGCGAAGAUCAUCGCGGCGGCGAACGAGAUCGGGGCCGAUCUCAAGCUCGUUCUCACCACUCAUCACCACUGGGAUCAUGCUGGUGGAAAUGAGAAGCUGAAGCAGUUGGUGCCAGAAAUUAAGGUCUAUGGCGGUUCAAUAGAUAAUGUUAAAGGAUGCACAAAUAAGUUGGAGAAUGGGGAUAGGCUUAGUUUUGGGGCAGAUAUCAAGAUCCUCGCUCUGCAUACACCAUGCCACACCAAAGGCCAUAUAAGUUAUUUUCUGACGAGCAACGAGAAAGAAGAUCCAGCUGUAUUUACUGGAGACACAUUGUUCAUAGCUGGUUGUGGGAAGUUCUUUGAAGGCACUGCUGAACAGAUGUAUGAAUCACUGUGCGUGACAUUGGGUUCGUUGCCAAAGCCAACUCGAGUUUUCUGUGGCCAUGAGUACACAGAGAAGAACUUGAGGUUUGCAUUAACUGUUGAGCCAGAGAAUGAAAAGAUUAAGCAGAAGCUAUUAUGGGCUCAAAAACAACGUGAAGCAAACCUGCCAACCAUUCCAUCCACCAUUGCAGAAGAGUUUGAAACAAAUCCUUUCAUGCGUGUUGAUCUACCGGAGAUACAGGCUAAAGUUGGUUGUCGCUCUCCCAUUGAAGCCCUUAAGGAAAUUAGGAGGCUGAAAGAUACAUGGAAAGGCUGACACAAAUGGACUAUUUCAUAUGAGAGUUAAAAGCUUUAUGCUACAUAUGUUUUCGUCAAGGCUUUGUUGCUCAAAGACUGAAUUGCGUCUGAUGUAAACUAUAAAAUGCUCUUAUCAAUUAUGGCUUUGUGUGUGUGUGUAUAUGGUGUAAGUUUUGCUGGUGGGAGUUUUAGGAUACUGCAUAAUGUACUGUUUGGAAUCAUAAAUCAUAAUGCAUCCAUACGCCUGUUUUAAGCGUGGAUGUGCCUCUGAAUA